AGUCAAAGAGAUAGCUCAUACCAAGCCUCAAUUAGAAAGUGAUUCGAUUUUACUAAUGGCAACAUUUCUCAAUAUCUUAUAUAAGAUUUUAUAGCUGUGUACAUAGGUGAUGCGAUCGUGGCGGUUAAUAGCAUCUAACAUCAAAGGAAAGUGAAGUCUUUCUAUGAUAACUCGGCAAAGUCUUCCGGAUCAAGUACCGCGAGAUACAAAUAUACUGUCAGCACUCUCAAUAAAUAGGUAACUUACAACUACAUAAUCUAGUGACGAAUGAAGACCCCGGGAUUUUUAUGAGCGUUUCGGGGUUGGUGUCAGCCCCCUCUCCCCUCCCCACAAUGUAAGCAGUCUGCAUGCUAUCUACCUACUACUGCUGAUGGCAUGAUCUUAACCUAGAACAUUCUCAGCAUACUCGGGCUGACACUUAUAUCCGUAAUCCCGACUCCUGAUUAAAGAUAGAAGUAAGAGCACACUUCAUAUUCCGACCUGAUGCGUCCAUCACAGAUACUUCGAAGUGACGAGCUCCCUAUCGGAAAAUAUGGCCACUAUCUAAAUAAAGACACGUGGGGGCAUCUUGGCUGCGUCCAACCACAGAAGGGCAUAAUUACAUACGGUCUUAGUUCAAACCGCCAGAACGUCCUUGCUGGUGCUGCCCACGACGCUGUGUUUAACACCUGGCGUCGAUUUAGUAAGCAGGUUCUAUACUGGGCACCGCCGCUACUCGCUGCCUAUUAUGCCAUGGACUGGGCUAUCAAGAGAAACGAGUACCUCAAUGGCAAAGCCGGAAGGGCCGAGUCUACCGACUAGGUUAAAGAAGAUACCACUCUCUCAGUUGCAACUAUCUUUUGCCUAUAACUAUAGGGUGAAUACUGUGUGAUAACUAGUUCUCAACUUUCCUAUCUAUUAUAUACCUACGCCCCAUAUAUAUUUGGCAGCCUCUUUUAAAGGGCAUAAGAAGGUAAAAUAUAGGGCUCUAUGUCGUAUAUUCAUGGCUAUCUGUUGAGACAUUCAAGGUUACUGUCCUAGAGGAAUCUUUCCUUGAUAUCAUUAUGAGAAAGGGUUCUAUUCUAUCAAAGGAAUUUCUGAGGUUUACAGAUAAAUAGCGCUUUGAAAUGGUGACAAUAUCGUCUUCAAAAAAGAAAGAUAGGAACUACAAAUACUGAUGACUAUUAAGCCAAGUCUUAUCCUUUUCUCAUGUCGUUUCUCCUUGCACUUACUUCAUAUUUACCUACACCUAUUAGUAAAGGGUUUGGCAAACAAGUUGCAAGUUUUAAUACUAUUACAUUGGCUUUGAUUAGUGACUCGAAAAGGUGCAAUAGGAAACCAUUUCAAUUAUUGGUUUUAUUAUUUAACAUGUGUAUCAU